AUGGAUGGUUUAACUCCAUGUACAGAAACUCGAGCGAAUUGCUAUAAGAUUACACAAUUGGAAGAGAAAGUGAUUGUUGAAUACAUACUUGAUAUGGAUCGAAGAGGAUUUCCACCUAAAAUCAAGGGUGUAGAAGAUAUGGCGAAUUAUAUUCUUGAAUCAAGAAAUGCGAAGAAAGUUGGAAAGCUCUGGGCUCAUCGAUUCGUAAAGCGUCAUACAGAAUUAAAGACGCGUUUUAGUCGUGUUUAUGAUUUUCAAAGAGCUCUCUGCGAAGACCCUAAGCUUCUUGAGGAGUGGUUUCGAUUGGUAUCGAAUAUGCGAGCAAAAUAUGGUAUUCUGGAUUGCGAUUUCUAUAAUUUCGACGAAACAGGCUUUAUGAUGGGGAUUAUAAGUGCUGCAAUGGUUGUAACUGAUGCUGAACGACGAGGCAGAGGUAAAGCAGUACAACCAGGCAAUCGAGAAUGGGCUACAGCAAUUAUAUGUGGUAAUGGGGAGGGUGAAACUAUACCUCCAUUUCUGGUAGUUCAAGGACAAAUCCAUCUUUCCAAUUGGUACACCGAAACCGAUUUUCCUGCGGAUUGGGCUAUCAAACCUACUUCCAAUGGAUGGACGAAUAAUGAGACAGGAUUAGAAUGGUUAAAGCAUUUCGAUAAACAUACGAUUCAUCGAAGAAAGGGCAAAUAUCGAAUGUUAGUAUUAGAUGGACACGAAAGUCAUGAAUCAAUAUCUUUUCAGUCAUAUUGCAAGGAAAAUGAUAUUAUAUGUAUAAGAUUACCACCGCAUUCAAGUCAUUUAACUCAACCACUUGAUGUUGGGUGUUUUAGUGUCCUAAAACGUUCGUAUGGUUGUCAAAUUGAUGGAUUUAUCAAGGCACAUAUCAAUCAUAUCUCCAAGAUUGAAUUCUUUAUAGCUUUUAAAGCUGCAUAUCAAGAAUCAAUUACAGUUCAGAAUAUGAAAGCUGGGUUUCGAGGAGCUGGAUUAAUACCAUUUAAUCCCGAAGCUGUACUCUCAAAAUUAGAUAUUCGAAUUCAUACACCUACUCCUCCUUUCGAUUUGGAUCUUUGGAUCUCUCAAACCCCUCACAAUCCAACUGAAGCUCUUUCUCAAUCAACUUUAGUAAAAUCUCGAAUAUCUCGUCAUCAAUCAAGCUCUCCUACACCUAUAUUCAAAACUGUACUAGCUUUAGCUAAAGGCACAGAAAGAUUGGCACAUGAAAAUACACUUUUAAGUGCAGAAAACCGUACACUUCGGAAGGCAAAUGAGGCAUUAAGCAAACAUCGACGUGCAAAAAAAACUCAAUUACGGCAAGGAGGAGUACUUACUGGACAAGAAGCUAUGGAUAUAUUAUCUCAGCAAGAGGUUGAUAUUCAGAUUCAACGCGACGAGCGUCAAAAUGGGGGGAAUUCUAAUGGGGAAGCAUCUUCUAGUAGAUGCUGUAGUAAGUGUGGAAAGCCAGGUCAUAAUUCAAGAACUUGUCAAAUCAAUAUAAUAGAUCCUAGAUUAUUAGAUUCCUAA